AUGGUAGCCAUGAUGAGAAGAGCCCAUGGUCAUUGUCAUGACCCUGCUUCUGUUACUUUCUCUGUGCUAAGCCUAGCGAUGCAUUUCCAUGGCUGGCUCUCCUUCUUCAUUACACUAUAUAAGUUGCCUCUCAAACAAGAUAGGACAGCAUCUACACAUUACUUUUAUCAUCCACAAUCUUCUGGUGAUCUGUCUCUAUGGUUUCUCAGGGAUGUUGACAUCACAAAGAGGUUAGGCUACUCAUCUGCAAUAGCCGUUCUCGGAUUCUCACUCAUUGUAUCCAUCAUAAGAACCUUUGAUGUUCGGGUGGAGGCUGCAAGAGUCAUGGUAUCCGCUCCAGUACUAGCUUUAGUCACCACCCACGUACUGUACAUUAACUUCUACAAACUUUACUAUGGUUGGAACAUGAUUGUGUGUGUGGCCAUGGGAGUCGCUCAGCUUUUCCUAUGGGCAAGAUGUGCAGCUGUUUCUAGGCAUCCUUCUAAUUGGAAACUGUGGGUGGUUGUGAUAGCUUCAGGUUUAGCUAUGCUUUUAGAGAUAUAUGACUUCCCUCCGUAUGGAGGCUACUUCGAUGCUCAUUCUAUUUGGCACUUCGCCACAGUUCCUCUAACCAUUCUCUGGCGGAGCUUUAUUAGAGACGAUGCUGAGUUCAGAACUUCCAGUCUUCUCAAGAAAUCUAAGACAAAGGCGAAGUAAGUUUACUUACAGAUACAGAGGUUUCUUGAGUUUUUUCAAUGUCUUUUAUUCAGAGAUUUGACUUGACCUUGCUUUUGGUCAAUUGAGUCUUAAGACUUUUGUCAAUCUUUUUGGAGUCUUAAGACUUUUGUUAAUAUUAUGAGAAAAUCUUGUGAUCUAUAUAUGAUUGUGUUAAUAAAAUUUGAUUUUACAUAAAUUGUGUGAAUUGUAGGGUUUAAUUUAAUUAAACAAAAUUAGCUUUAGUGACCAUUCAUACAAAAUCUAAAGUAUUUCAAUAAUUUCAUGACACCAUAUUAACCAUUGCGCAAAAUCACUUAAAACAAUUGCAGCAAGGAACCACAAGUCGAAAGCCUUGGUCAGUUUAUAUACAUUUACUCAUGUUUGAUACAAUAAUGUUCCAUAUUGGAAAAAAAAAUAUUUCCGGAAGCGCGGGACUACGCUCCUAGAUGCCUUUGGCGGAGUGGACGAUCAUUGGGUUGAAUUAAUAACUGGAAACUUAGAAGCUCUCCCGACGAUGAAAAAUAAAACGACCUAACGGUUGAGUUAGAAGCACAUAAAACUAAUGUUCCAAGGCCCACCAAAUUUCAAACCUAAACAAUUUAAACCCAGUUUCUUUUCUUGAAACAUAAAGUUAUACCAAUUUCUUUUUUGGUAUGCGAUUGAAUUUUUUUUUUUAAAACCACAAAACCAUUUUUAUUAAAAAAAAUCGCUAAACCUCUAUACUAAAUAGUUAUAUAACAAUAUAAAUAUAUAAAUAUCUUUACUUAUUACUUUAAUUUUACAAAAAAGACUACAUUUGAGAAGUUUCACAAUAAAAUCCGUGUAAGCUAAGAAAACUAUUUUAUUUACCGUACAUAUACAUUUAAAAAUUUUAAAAUCAAAAUUUAAACACUUUUCCUUACACUAUUUUAACCGUAACUUAACAACUACAAAAGUUCGGUUAUCUUUGAUCAUUUUUACGCUAGAUGUCAAUCAAAUCUAUACCAAUAUAAGAUUAAAUAAAAUAACAACGAAAUGAAUACUAUGGUUAUUGUUAGAUCUACCUAAUUAACAUGUAUAACUUUCAAUCCUCCAUUCGUAGACAAUAUAUAGACAACAUGACAAAAUUAACUUUUAUAAAAAAAAAAAAAAAACAAUACAAUUACAU